GAAAAGAGGUUGGGUUUCUUUUCUUUUUCCUCCUCACUUCUCUUUUCUUGCAGCGUCUGCUAAGCAUCUUUUCCCACUUUUUUGCUCUUUUUUCUGAGUACCUCAUUCAUUUCUUUACCUUGUUCCUUGAAAAUUUUAAUCCUUCCUUCCUUCUGAUUCCAGACUCCUCUCUUACUAUUUCUUCUUUCUUCCCAUAACUUCAGCUGGAAAAACGCUUGCUACUUAAUUCUCUGAUUCUUGCUUGCUGCCCUUUGUCUAUCUGGCAUUGAUCAUUUUCUUCAUAAAAGUUCAAUUCCUUUCCUUCUUCAAACUUUCCCAUUCUUGAGCCUUUCUCUUUCCCUUCUGUAAAUUGUCAAAGGAAGUUCACUUCCUUGCUAAAUUUAGCCCUGAUCUUUUCUGGGUUCUGCUGAUCAGCCCAGAAUUGCUAUCUUUUUGUUGUUUCCAAUUUAAAGACCAAAAUUUGGAAAUUCUUUUCCCUAUUUGAGUAAAUAACUAAAAACAGUUCAAUCUUCUUGAUAUUUUCAGUUUUUGCUGUAUUAUCCCUUCUCUUCUAAUGGUCUAAUUUGCUGUAAUCUCUGUUAUUUUCUUCACCAGUUGAAAACUUUUCAACUUCUUUAUUUAAUCCCUUGUUUCUUGAGUUGUUUUUGAAAAGUGGGUUUCUGAUUCCAUGGGACUUUGUCAUGGAAAACCAAUCGAACCGCCAAGACAUCUAUCAGAAAAUCCAAUAAUCCCCUCAGAUAAUGAGCCUGCAUUAAGUACUACUCAAACAGGGAAAACACCAAAGUUUCCAUUUUACAGUCCAAGUCCAUUGCCAAGUGGAUUCAAGAACUCACCAGCAAACUCCAGUGUUAGUUCGACACCUCUGAGGUUAUUUAAGAGGCCGUUUCCUCCACCAUCACCGGCUAAGCAUAUUAGAGCAUUGCUUGCAAGGAGGCAUGGCUCAGUCAAGCCUAAUGAGGCUACCAUUCCUGAGGGAAGUGAGUGUGAGAUUGGACUGGAUAAGAGUUUUGGAUUCGCAAAGAAUUUUGUAAGCCAUUAUGAGCUUGAUGAAGAGGUGGGUCGUGGACAUUUUGGUUAUACCUGUUCCGCCAAAGGCAAGAAAGGGAGCUUGAAGGGGCAGGACGUUGCUGUCAAAGUCAUCCCAAAAUCUAAGAUGACUACGGCAAUUGCAAUUGAAGAUGUGAGACGAGAAGUUAAAAUACUACGUGCUUUAACCGGGCAUAAGAGCUUGGUGCAGUUCUAUGAGUCCUACGAGGAUGAAGACAAUGUUUAUGUCGUGAUGGAAUUAUGUAAAGGGGGAGAGUUGUUGGAUAGAAUACUUUCAAGGGGUGGCAAAUACUCAGAAGAGGAUGCUAAAGCUGUCAUGGUCCAGAUUUUAAGUGUGGUUGCCUACUGUCAUCUCCAAGGUGUUGUUCACCGUGACUUGAAACCUGAGAAUUUUCUUUUUACUUCGAAGGAGGAACAUUCUCCUCUUAAAGCUAUUGACUUCGGCCUUUCAGAUUAUGUGAAACCAGAUGAAAGGCUGAAUGAUAUUGUUGGAAGUGCAUAUUAUGUGGCACCUGAAGUUUUACAUCGAUCAUACGGAACAGAAGCUGACAUGUGGAGUAUAGGUGUGAUUGCUUAUAUUCUUCUAUGUGGAAGCAGACCCUUUUGGGCACGGACAGAAUCAGGAAUCUUUAGAGCGGUCCUUAAGGCUGACCCUAGCUUUGAUGAAGCCCCGUGGCCGUCAUUGUCUGCUGAUGCAGUGGAUUUUGUGAAGAGGUUGCUAAACAAAGAUUACAGGAAAAGGCUUACUGCAGCUCAGGCUUUGAGUCAUCCAUGGCUCGCCGGACAUCACGAUCUCAAGAUACCUUUGGAUAUGAUAAUAUUUAAGCUAGUAAAAGCUUAUACAUGUUCUUCCCUUCUCAGAAAAGCUGCUUUAGGGGCUCUUGCCAAAACACUGACAAUACCACAACUAACAUAUCUUCGGGAGCAAUUCACAAUGUUGGGACCAAACAAAAGUGGAUAUGUAUCAGUACAAAACUUUAAAUCGGCUGUGACAAGGAUGUCCACUGAUGCAAUGAAAGAUUCAAGGGUUUUGGAAUAUGUUAGCCUGGUGAGUUGUCUUCAGUACAAAAAAAUGGACUUUGAAGAGUUCUGUGCAGCUGCAAUAAGUGUGCACCAGCUUGAAGGCAUGGAAAGCUGGGAGCAACAUGCACGCCGUGCUUACGAGCUUUUUGAGAAGGAUGGGAACAGACCGAUUAUGAUAGAGGAACUUGCAUCAGAGCUCGGACUUAGUCCGUCAGUCCCUGUUCAUGUAGUUCUGCAGGACUGGAUACGACAUUCUGAUGGAAAACUCAGUUUCUUGGGAUUUGUUAGACUUCUACAUGGAGUUUCCUCGCGAACAUUUCAGAAGGCUUGAAACCACCAGCUACUCAGGUUGAUCCUUCAAAUGCUUUUCUGAAUCGACAGACUAGCAGCAUCUUAAAGGGUUAAAGAUUUGACUGUUAAAAUGACACGUAAAAGGCAAGAAUUAUCUGUUAAUUGCAGUCGCAGGGCACUGUCAGUGCAGUAGCUGGAAUUUGUCAGAUUUGUCAAUUCAAAGCUAUUUCAGCUUAUUCUGGCAGUAGUAUGCUCCUGCUCGUUGUUCUCCUUGUAUCUCUUCCCCCAGCGUUCGGUAAUUUAAGAUUUAGAGGAUUGUACAGUUGAGGAUAGAUAUCAAAAAUGUAUUUAGGACUAGAAAACAGCUUAAAGCUGUAGUAAGUUUUGCGGCUUUGGGUGUAUCCUUUGUGUACCCCGUCCACCUUAGUUUCUUAAUAAAUCUUCACUUAGUUCUAUGACUUGAAUGUAUUCUUGAGCUUUCGGACUGUAAUGCGUUGAACUCCCAUCUGUUGCAGCUCUGCUUUCCCUUCUC